ACACCAGUUGAUGAGUGAGACUGCGGUGGAAGAAUUACAAAUUCAUUUGCAUCGAUUCCAAGAUCAAAAGCGUCCAACAACGUGCCAGACCGAUACGAUGGGUCUUCUCCAGACCUUUCUCCCUGAAAAUGAUCGCUAUGCGGCAAUGCUACUUUAUGGCAUGGUCCUAUCGACCUGCUUCAAUGGCUAUGACGCCGGGAUCAUGACCGUUAUUUUCGCUGAUGAUCAGUUCGUCGAAUACUAUGAUAUGGAUUCAAACAAGCAGGGUAUUGUUGCCACAGCACCCUGGGCCACAACCGGCCUGGCACAGCUGUGUGUUGGUGGCACUUUGGCAAAUUUGGUUGGCCGCCUUUGGGCUCUGCGAAUAUCCAUCUUUGUCAUGUGCAUUGGCGUUGUCGCUCAAAGUGUGCCAAACACAUUCGGCGUCCUUCUGUUUGGUCGCCUUCUCACCGGUCUCGGCUUCGGAUGUGUAUAUAUCGCUACAAGUUUGUAUGAAUGUUCUCCAAGAACCCUGCGCGGUAGCUUUGUUGGUACAGUGACCCAAUUCGGCUACCAGCUAGGAACCUUGAUUGCUUUCUGGACCGGCUACGGCAUGUCAUUUCAUAAGUCACCUUUCAAUAUCGCAUGGCGCGUAUCCAACGUGAUUCAAAUCCCCAUCGGACUCGCUUUCAUAGGCCUUUCCUUUUGGUACCCAGAGUCCCCCAGAUGGCUCUACGAAAAGAAACCGGACGAUACUGAUCGCGUGAUCAAAGUUCUAUGCAAGUUGAGAAGCGGGACACCUGACUCAGAGCAUGUGAGGCAAGAAUUCCACGAGCUGGUAGCCUCUCACGAGUAUCGAAAACGGUUCAAGACAGGAUAUAGUGCCAUCUUCUCCUCUCCGGGCAUGAGAAAGAGACUUCUUUACGGUCUCUACGCUACAGCUUUGCAGCAAGCUGGCGGAAUUGCUGCACUAACCAUGUACGCUGCACUGAUUUACAAAUCACUUGGCUGGGAUCAAGGGAGCCAGGCACUUGCUAUCAAUGGAAUACAGGCUGUUCUGCAGCUCUUUAUGGUCCUCAUCAACACAUUCACCGUGGAUCGGUUCGGUCGGAGGGCGUUGUUGAUUGCAGGCUUCUCUAUUCAAGCCGCGGCUCUCCUGGUUCUAUCUUCCAUUACAACAGCGUUCCCCCAUAAUGAAAGUAAGCCUGGAUCUGUCGUAGCCGUUGUAUGCCUGUUUAUCGUCGGUAUGACCUAUUGCUGGUCCAACGGCCCCAUCCCGCCUGCCAUCGCAUCCGAGAUCUUCCCGCAAGAGGUUCGUGAUAAGGCAUUCGGCAUUUCAUUGCUGGGCCAGACUGUCUGUCUCAUUGCCCUUACUCAGCCUUGGCCUCGUUUCAACGAGCAAGUGGGAGGCAAAAGUUACUGGCUUCUCUUCGCCUUGAAUACUGUUCUUUUGAUUUCCGUUAUUUUUAUUCUUCCUGAAACCAAAGGAGUGUCUCUGGAGAGAAUGGACACCAUUUUUGGGGAAGUUGACGCUGUGGCAGCCGGCGAGGCAAAUAGCAGCCUCAAAGUGGACCUCAACGACAAUGACCACCACCUCCACGAGCGCAAAAGUUCUACAAAAGUUGAGACUGCGGAUGAGAAGGCC